UAAAAGUGAAUUUGAUUUCAACUCCUUGAUGUUUGAAAUUCUUUGAAAAUUCUUCCGAUGCAGGUGGCGCUUUAAUAUUUAAAAAGAGAAAGAGAGAGAAAGAGACCGACAGCACAAGUAGCAAUAUGAACUUUCGCGCGGCCAAAUGCGUGUUUCCAAUGAGCCUUGGCACAUUGCACGUAGCAAGUUACUGCUGCCGGCCGACUGCAUCUCACUUAUGCGCUCGCAGUAGUAAGUAGUAUAGCUUCGGGAAACGAUAUUUUAUAUAUGCAGUGUAUCAGUGUACCAGUUAAAAAACGCGACUUUGUUCAGCAUGGCAAGGGAGCGGGAGCGAGUAUAGCGUCAGCUGUUUAAUGUUUUGAAAUAUAAUGUGCGACCAGUCGAGAAGAAAAAAAGCAACCAAACUUGCAUAGAAUGAUUGCAGUUAUUAUCGUACGGCAUUAUCGAGUUUUUUUGCGCGUACACCACCGCCUCUCAUUGAAUGCACUUACCGAAUAACAUCUGCAGCAUAUAUGUGUAUAUUGCGAGUUGCUCCGACGGAUGUUUCACUGUGUUUUCUUGAUUUUACGCACUUUCAAAAUGAGCAUACUCAAACGUCGCAUAAAGGAAUUCGAGGAUGCCCUCGGCGCCAAGGAAAUAGAUCCCGUUCUCGUGCGAAAAUUGUGUUUCAAUGGUAUUCCUGACGUCGGUAGUCUUCGGCCCCUGUGCUGGAAAUUACUGCUGAAUUACAUACCCUAUUCCAGAGACAGGUGGCAAGAAACACUGGCGCGAAAGCGAGAGCUUUACAAAAAUUUUAUUGACGACCUCAUCGUCAUCCCCGGUGAAUCAAAUAUCGAGAAGGCCGGUCUAGUUGUUGAUGUGAAGAUCGAUGAUCAUCCUCUGAAUCUCGAUCCUGACAGUAAGUGGCAGACGUUUUUCAAGGACAAUGAGGUGCUUUUGCAGAUUGACAAAGAUGUCAGACGACUCUGCCCUGACAUAUCCUUUUUCCAGCAAGCAACUGAUUAUCCUUGUGAAGCCAUUGUUCACAGUAAUGGACAAAAACGACUCCACCAAAGGGUACACCAUACUGUGCUCAAGAGUGCCAGUGUCGAGCGAAGAGGCUUGGGUCCCACAACGAUAUGUGUCCCAGCAAAAAAAGCAGCUGAAGAUUAUGCUCCGAUCGAAGGUGGAGAAGCCCACUGGGAAGUACUUGAAAGAAUAUUAUUUUUAUAUGCUAAACUCAAUUCUGGUCAGGGGUACGUUCAAGGAAUGAAUGAGAUUAUUGGCCCUAUAUACUAUGCCUUUGCCUGUGAUCCAGAUCAAAAGUGGAGAGAGCAUGCAGAGGCUGAUACUUUCUUCUGCUUUACUAAUCUCAUGGCUGAAAUCAGGGACUUCUUUAUCAAGACUUUGGACGAAGCUGAAUGUGGCAUCAACACUAUGAUGAACAGACUGAUGCAAGAAGUUAAAACUAACUCCUAUGAUAUCUGGUUAAGAUUGUUUCAACAAGAGCUCUGUCCACAAUAUUACAGUUUUAGAUGGCUCACGCUAAUGUUAUCACAAGAAUUUCCACUGCCUGAUGUUAUGAGGAUAUGGGAUUCAUUAUUCUCAGAUAAUAAUAGAUUUGACUUUUUGAUACAUGUUUGUUCUGCUAUGAUACUACUGUGCCGAGACCAGAUACUCAGUGGUGAUUUUGCUGCUAAUGUUAAAUUAUUGCAAAAUUUCCCCUCAACAGAUGUUCAAAUUGUUCUGUCUAAAGCUGCUGAAUUAUCUGAAAGAUCUUCGUUGAAAGACAGUUUUUUAAAAUAAAUUUCAUAUUUUGAUAUGAAAGCAUUUUUGUACAUUGUGAUGAAAUUGGGUAACACACGAGAUCUUUAUGUGGUACUAUUGAAGUAUCUGCCCGAAUGAUCAAAAGAGUCUUACUACUAUGCAAAUAGAUUUUAAUAAACAAUUAUUACUAUGUAAAUUUAAAAUGAAUAAUAAAACAUUUAAAAUGCUGAGCAAUAAUUUUAAUAUCAAAUAUUUAUUAUUUCAUUUGAAAUUUAGUUGCAUUUUAAAUAUCAACAAUCUUAGUACAUAGGUAUUCACAAAACUUAAACAUUUAUAUU